AUGAGUACAAGCGAAACAACAACUAUGACAGCACCAAAUCCAGCUGCAGCACGUAUACCGAAAAAAACAGUAAAAGAUUUUAAGUUUAUUAAAGAAAUUGGUAGCGGAUCAUAUUCAACUGUUUUUCUUGCGAUUGAAUCAGGCACAAAUCGUGAAUUAGCGAUUAAAGCUGUUUCAAAAGAAUUAGUAACAAGAACAAAAAAAAUUAGUCAAGUCUUUCGAGAAAAAGAUAUUUUAGCUCUUCUUACUGAUUGUAGUUAUGCAGUUAAACUCUAUUGUACAUUUCAAGAUGAAAGAACUCUUUAUUUUGGUCUCACAUACUGUCCAAAUGGUGAUCUUCUUCAAUAUAUUACAGAUGCUGGUCAUCUUGAAGAAGAAGUUGUACGAUUUUAUGCAGCAGAAAUUAUUGAAGCACUUGAACAAUUACAUAAUCGACAUAUAGUUCAUCGUGAUCUCAAACCAGAAAAUAUACUUUUAACUGAUGAUAUGCAUAUACAAUUAACUGAUUUUGGUUCAGGUGUUAUUAUGGAUAAUAAUGAUUCUCCUCCACAAUCAAAUGGUACUAAAAAUGUGGAUGAAGAAAAAAAACCAAUAAAACGAACUAAUUCAUUUGUUGGUACCGCUCAAUUUGUAGCGCCAGAAAUACUCAAACGUGGUGCAAUUCAUGCUGGAUCUGAUUUAUGGUCAUUAGGUUGUAUUAUUUAUCAAAUGACUACUGGAAAACAUUUAUUCCGUGGAUAUCAUGAAUAUGAUAUUUACAAUGCAGUUGCUCGUGUGUCUUAUAAAUUACCUGAUGAUUUUCCUCCUCUCAUUACUGAUCUUGUUCAAAAUCUUGUACGUCUUGAACCAAGUGAACGACUUGGUAGUGCAGAAACAGGUGGAAUGGAGAAACUUAAAUCACAUGCAUUCUUUAGUCAGUUUUCUUAUGAUACAAAAUGGGGUACUCUGUUAAAUCAACGAUCACCACUUGAAACAAAAGUCAAACUUAGUUCAAGACCAAAACUUAGUAAUGAUGAGCUUGAAACAAUGUCAUCAGGUUUUGAUGAUCGUGUUGAAGCUCGUUUAAUUGGUUUACGUAUGGCUUCUGAUGCUCCAAAUGGGAUAGAUGCGAUAGUCACUGGCUCAUCAAAUAUUUCAUUAUCGAAUGAAACUUCAUCUUUGCACGAAACAGAUAAUCACAGUACAUUGUCCGAUCAAAGUAGUACAAAAUCUAUGUAUAAUUCUCCGUCAUCGAAUUCCUCUUUUAACAACAAUGCACCUGUAAUAGCUCGAAGAUUACAAAUGCCUGAUCAUGCUUUAUCAUUAUCUGAACAAGCUUCAAAAAAUGUUUAUCAUAAAUUUGUGCAAAAUAAUCUGAUUAUUAAACAAGGAAUUUUAGAUAAGAAAAAAGGUUUAUUUGCUAAACGACGAAUGUUUCUUAUUACUGAAGGACCUGCUAUUUUCUAUGUUGAUCCUGAUGCAAUGGAAUUAAAAGGAACGAUUUCAUGGACAGCUGAUUUACGUAUCGAACAAAAAGAUAUGAAAACAUUUCUUAUUCAUGUGCCAGGUCGAACAUAUUAUUUAACUGAUCCUGAUCAAGAUGCAAAUACUUGGUGUAAAAGUCUUAUAUCGAUUCAUUAUCGAUAUUAUAAUACAGAUCCAAAUCGAAAACUAUCGACAACGACAUCAUAUUCAUCAUCAUCAUCAUCAUCAUCUGCAAUGCAGACUAUUGUUCCGGUGACUGAACUUUAA